UUUUCAUAACCUAAAAUGUCGGAAACCUCACAUCCAUCUCGCGAUCCAAAAAAUCUCAGCGAACCAUUCGCAGUCAUCGAAUUUCUCGAGAAAAACGAAAAAGGGCUACCAUGCAUUGAUUUGGUGCCGAAAAAAUGGUUUAAUAGUGCAGAAGAAGACACCUGUAAAUUCCCACCGACAACUGAAUAUCAUCUACUUGACGACUACUUGGAAAAAUUGCACUCGCCCAAGGACUCUUGGCAAAGUUAUCCAUUUUGCUUCAUCACCGGAGCAGCUGAUUUGGAUCAGGGUCGCAGAAGAUUAAAAAAGGCCCAAGUAACUCUCAACUGUGAGACAACCGAUGGUGAAAAUGAUCGAAAGGGGGGGAGGUCCGAAACUUCCUCGAAAGCAAAAAUUUCAGCAAAACCCUUAACUGCAUCAAAGUCUCAACUAAACAACAUCUUUAGUACUAAAAUCCCGAUUCCACCUAGAAAUCAAACUCCAAAGUCUGGUAUACAAGCAAAACCAAAGACAAGAUUUCAAAGCAUUUACCAGAGUGGAUCUGACUCUGAAGACGAAAAUCAUGAUUGUCUUAUAGCUAAUCCUGAGGAGAUUCGAGCCUCAAAGGCUCAAAAUAAUUCUGGCUUUUUGCAAAUGUCGAGUAAAUCGCGAUCUGUACCAACAGGUGCAUGUUUAUCAUUUAAACAGCGGUCAAGGAAGAAUAUUACUUUGCUUAAAGACGUCGAAACUGAUGAAUCUGAGAGCAAUGAUUCCUCCGAUGGAAUUCUGCAGUCACCUACAAAAUCGAUGGACUCAGCGAGAAAUACAAGAAAAGAACUUCAUUUGACACCUCCUUCACCACUAGUCCAUAACGCUUCAGGUAACCGAAAAAGGCGUGCAUCGUCUACUACACGCGCUGAAGACGGAUUGAAUUCGAUUGUGAGCCCAGGAACUCCAAAAACUUCACGAUCAAUGAUGGUACCCCCUGCUAAGAUGCCAAAAAUGCUGGGACCACAAAACCAGUUGUCAUCUAGUCAUUAUGCUGAUAAUGAACGUCGAAUCCUGAACUCCCUUCGAGAUUACUUUGAUCAGCAAUUAGAUGAAAAGCUCGAAAAUUUAAGACGCAGGAUGGCUUACGAUUUAAAGCAGUCUAUGAAUGAGCUCAAGACCACAAUCAUUGGCACUAAUCUAGCCCCAGCUUCUGGUCCUAGCUUGCUUGAAAUACAGAAGCAGAUGUCUACGCCACUACUAUUUGAAAUGGAUGAUAAGUUCCAGGAAUACGAAGCGAUAUUGACAACGGACCCAAAUCUCGUAGAAACACUGCGAUUAUUCAUGAGAGUUUUGAUAAGCAAUAAAAAAGAGAUGAAAAUAUGUGUUUCCACUAUCCUAUCUGCGGUUCUGAGGAAGACAGUGUCACUGCACUAUUCUGGUUACGGAAAGGAAGCUGGCGGAAAGAAAAAGAAAAAUUUUUAUAACACUACAGUAUGCAAAGUACUGAUUGAUGUGAUAAUUGAGGUAAUAGGAUCCAGCACUGAUGAGAAGAAGAUAAUGUCAGAAGUAAGUACUUGGUUGUCACGUUCUGGCGAUCGAGAGGGUGGGCGUAAGGAACGACAACGCGGGUCAAGUCAUCAUAACGAGAAUAAUUCAGUUUGUUCCUUUGAUACCAAUCGAUAAUACUUCAUUUUUCCGGGAUAAAUGGAAUUGUAAAAUCACUGUGUUAAUAUGACUCCAUUAGUUCAUUUUCGUAAUUGUAUUAGUUGUGAUAUUCUUGAUAAAAGGUACGAUUAAUAGGAAAAGUUUAUAUUAUCAAUAUAUUUUUAUCGCGAGGCGUUUCAUUGGGCAGAAUAUAUAUUAAUAUAUGAAUAUUGUUUAGUAUUCGGCUGUCAUUGAAGUAUUAAUUAUAUUUAUUAUAUUUCUCCUGGCGAGGUCGGAAAUCCAGAAGAUGGAAAUAACAAUUGGAAAAUGUGAUGUAUCUUAGCAUAAUAAAGUAUUUUCUAUGUCAUUUCCUCAUAAGUUAGAUCACGGGAAUAAAUAUCCGUUGUUGGUUCAGGGAUUAAAUAUUAUGUCCAAAAGUUUAAAGGGAAAAAUAAUAAGUGGAUUUUUAAUUUUUAAGAAAAAUUCUAAUGAAAGUAAUUUCAGCCAUUGAGAGCUGUUUUCAGUAUUUGGUGAUUCAAGUCAAAUAAUAUUUAUAAGGUUGAAGUUUCACAAUCGGACUGCGUCCAUAUUCCCCAAAGAUUUCAAAUUUAAGGGUUGAAAUUAAUUAGUUAUAUGUAAUCCUAUCCAAGACUUUUUUAUAUUUCUAAGUUUGUUUGAAAGAGUGAAUAUAAUAAGCAAUAUUAUAUAGAACUAGCACACAAUCAAUGCAACUAAAUAUCAUUCUGUGUUCCGGAGUUGCAGAUGGAGAAGACAUUAUUGUAAAAAAAGGACGUCUUUCCGAGAUGAAAAAAUAAUUCUUAUCAGGAUAAUUCGUAUCAGCAAUUGUCUAUGGAUAUAAGAAUUAAUUCUUAUCAUCCAUAGCGGAAUAAAUUAUCCAUAAUAUUGCUAUUAUAAUGACUGUUUUCAUGCUUGAAUUGAAGCACGAUAAUUUAUCAAUUCUAAACUACUAAUUUAAAAAAUAACAUUGGUGCGUUAUUUUGUUGGAUAUUUUGUUAAUACAAUCUUCGAAUUCUGAAGACUGACUGCUAAUAUUAUUAGAUUGUAAGAGAGAGUUUAUUAAGACUUAAUAUGGUAUGUCGUAUUAAAUUUCGGAUUCAAAUGAUCUACGUAGAUUAUUUAUUUUAAAAGCGGAUGAAAAUAAUCCACAAAAGAUUUUUCUACAAUUUAUACCUGCAAUCAUUUUUUUGAGUUUUCAUAUUCUGUUCGCGGAAAAAUCUCAUAGUUGUGAUUAUCUUUCAUGAAAAUUGGAGAUACAAACACUGCAUAUCUUUAACUGUUCAACCAAAAUCGGAUGAAAACAUGUACUAUGUCGAUAGGAGGAAAAAAGUUUUUGAUUGGCUGAGUUUUUUUGUCAAUAGAUUUAAUAAAUUUAAAUAUAAGUUUUGUCACAUAAUAAAACUGUUUUCUGUAUAAUGUUGAAGGUAAUAAAUACAUGUCUGCUUAUCA